UUUAAGGAGAAUUCAUGUACCUUGGAGAAUUAGGACCGCUUUUUUUUAAUUAAAAGGAAAAGCUCAAACAAUUGACCAAGCACAAGGAACUCAAUUUGUGCUUGUGCUAUUAUUAUAUCCGACAAGAAAUGUUGUCAAUGGCGUAUGGUGGUCAGCCCAUAAACCGCCACACGGAUAUGGCGUAUCGGCAUGGCGGGACUCAGUAGCAUGGGCCGGGUUAUAUGGGUAAAUGGGCUGGUCUGUGGAGGUUCUGGGUGAAGCCAAGGGGGACUGGAGGGCUGCCGAGGUUCUGAAAGAAGGCGGGCAAUGCGGGUAAAUGGGCUGGGCUCAUGGUAAAUGGAGUAAAAAGUCAAAAUUGACCGCAAUGGUGGCCGCCACAAAAAGUGCUAAAAACCGGCGUGGUGAUAGCGUUUUCGCCAAAAUGCCUAGGCAUAGUGCUAUAGCACUGCCAGUCAGAUAUUUGACAAUAUUGUGUUAGUGUAAUAGAAUGAGCCGCCCACAAGAACCACACAGGCCUUUCCUCCCCUUUGGAAACCCUUUCCGUAGGAUGUCACCAAAGGGUUCAUACCUGUCCCCUAAACUUCUUGCUUUGUUGAACACCUUUGAAGAGACACUGCAGGGUAGGAUUAAAAAUCUUAGGCCAGUAGGUAGGGAUGAUGUUUUGCGCUUAUCGUGGAUGAGGUUUAUGAUGGACACACUCUGUGAAAUUCAUACCGACGUGAAAGCAUUAAUUACGGCACUUGAACUCCCCGUUUCUGAUUGGGAUGAUAAAUGGAUAGAUGCGUAUCUAGAUGAUAGUGUACAGUUGCUUGAUAUCUGCAUUGCUUUCAGCUCCGAGAUAUCUCAGCUGAAACAGGGCCACCUCUUUCUUAAAUGUGUCUUGCGCAACUUUGGUGAUGCUCCCGCAAAACAGCUUGAACGUGCCCGUUCUUCUGCCGACGGAUGGAAGCAACAUGUUUCCAAGAAGAAUCCAAGAUUUGAAAACUGCUUCUCUGCCAUGGAUGUCCUGGCUGAAAAAUUGGACUUACCAAAAAUCAAGAACUCUGCCAAGGGAAAGAUCUUAAUGCAAGCAAUGUAUGGAGUCAAGGUCGUUAGUCUCUUGGUAUGUAGCAUAUUUGCCGCUGCAUUCUCUGGUUCCACAAAGAAGUUGUUGGACCUACAGGUUCCCGAAACUUUCUCAUGGGCAGUGGCGUUUUCUGAGCUCCAGGCUUUUGUAAAUACUGAAAUAAGAAGCCUACACUCGAAUGGGAGGACCACGAUACUGAAGGAGCUAGAAGCUGUUGAUGCAGAUGUGAAGAAGUUGUACCCAAUUGUGCAAGAAGGGGUGAAUGCGGUUGAAGCUCAAGUAUUGGAAAACUCGAUAUCAGAUCUAGGAAAAUCGGCAGAAAAACUCUCACAAGGACUUGAUCUACUUGCAAAGGACGUAGACAAGUUCUUCCAGAUAGUCCUAAUGGGACGUGAUGCUUUACUCGGUAACCUUAGGAUUGGUGGCAGUGCAUCUAAUAGAGUGCAUCGAGUGAACAUCAAUGUUGGAGGCCCAAUGGUUAGGUGAAGGUUAAAUGUAAACUCACUCCUUUGUACACAAGUGUGUAGAUUAGGAGUAGUGUGUUUUCCGUUUGAAUAUCUACUUAAAAUAUGUGAGUUGUGCUGUGCUUGUCUCUGGCAUAUAAUCGAUAAAUGGUUUAACCUUUAUGUAGUACUAGUAUUAAUGAAAUACUGGUUUAACCUUUAUGCAGUACUAGUAUUAAUGAAAUACUCCUUCCGUCCCA